GCCAUAAACAUCAACAACUCUACUUUGCAAAAAGUAAACAUUAUUGUCCUUUGUCUUCAUCAAUUCCUUAAUUUUUCUCAUGGAGAAAAAACCAAUAAUUUUAGAUUCCUACAAGCUCUUAUGGAAACAAGUUUCUUCAACUUUGAUGGAGAUACUCAAAGUGUUGGUUCUUUUGCUUUUCUUUACCUUGGAGAGUUGUAUUAUUUUGCAAAAUCUUCAACCUAUGUUUCAUAUCGUACCUUUUUCUGUUCUACUUAUAUACUUCAUUUCCUUAGCCUAUAUUUCAAAAACAUGUCCUGUUUAUGUUGUUGAUUUUACAUGUUUUAAGCCACCAAACUGCUUGAGAGUUCCUUUUACCGCCUACAUUGAGAAUGCAAGAAUGCUUGAUUUCUUUGAUGAUAAAAGUGUCUCUUUCAUAUCUAAGAUUCUUCAUCUUUCAGGCUUGGGGGAGCAGACUUAUUUCCCACCAGGUCUUUUUUAUAUGCCUCCAAAAUCUGGUCAUAAAGAAGCUAUCAAUGAAGUUCACAUGAUCCUUUUCUCUGUUUUUGAAAAUCUCUUGUCCAAAACAAACAUUUCUCCUCAAGAUAUUGAUAUACUUAUUGUUAACUGUAGUGGCUUUUGCCCCAAUCCUUCUCUUUCUUCCAUUAUUGUUAACAAAUACGCUUUGAAAGAAGGGGUGAAGAGCUACACCAUAAGUGGGAUGGGUUGUAGCGCUAACUCACUAGCUGUGGACAUGGCUAGAAACAUUAUGUGCACCCAUGACAACUCCAACGCGGUCAUUCUCAGCACUGAGAUCUUAUCUACGGGGUGGUACCCCGGGAGAGAACGUCCUUUCAUGAUCUUGAACUGUAUUUUCCGCGUUGGGGGUGCCGCGAUCUUGUUGAGUAACAAGAAAGAGGCGAAAAGGCAUGCUAAGUAUAAAUUGCUUUGGACACUCAGGACACAAGGAGCAUUUGAUGACAAGGGUUAUUACUCUGCUUAUCGUGAUGAGGACUCCAGUGGAAUCACUGGAGUGAGGCUGAACGGGGAUGUGUUGCAAGUCGCUGGAGAUACUCUCCAGACCCACAUGCCCGUUCUAGGGGGGAGAUUCCUCCCCCUAAUAGAGAAACUAAGGUUUGUUAGAUCUGUAUUGAUGUAUAAAAGAAGUAAAGAAAUUUACAUUCCUAAUUUCAGAAGAGCAUUUCAACAUUUCUGUUUCCCGGCGACGGGGAAAUCGGUUGUGAGAGAGACUGCAAAGAGGUUGAAGCUUGGAGAUAGAGAUAUGGAGGCAGCAUUGAUGACAUUACAUAGGUUUGGGAAUCAGUCAUCAGCUUCAUUGUGGUAUGAAUUAGCUUACUUAGAGGGCAAGGAAAGAGUGAAAGAAGGUGACAAAGUAUGGCAAUUGGGAAUGGGAACUGGGCCUAAAUGCAAUAGUGUGGUCAUGGAAUGUAUAAGGCCUAUUUUGGGUGAGGCUCUUAUUGGACCAUGGGCUGAUACCAUCAAUGCCUAUCCACUCACAAUUCCAUGAUCCAAGCUUGUUCAAAGUUGAUGUAUUUCUAUUUUACUAUAUACAUUUGCCUUAUAAUAAAAUUUAAUUUUCUUUUUUUUUGUCAA